AAAGCACAGAGAAUCCGAAAUUGCUUUCUCUUCUAUCUAAUCUUCUCGACAUUCAGAAUCCGAUUCCUUGAGGAAAUUACCAGAAUACCACCGGAAAGUACCAGUAUUAUUCUCGAGAAAUCACAGACCUCACAGUUCCGGAAGCAGUCUCCUUCGUUCUCUACGAAGCAAUAUAGAUUCGUCACUCAGAAAUGUCACCGGACGGCGACGUCGUUCCGUCGACUCCGGGGGCAUUCAGGCUCCGGUGGGACGUCUUCUUGAGCUUCAGAGGUGCGGAUACUCGUGGUUGCCUCACCAAACCACUCUUCAGCUCGCUCCAAUCUCACGGAGUUCGGGUUUUCUACGAUGACGAUGGAUUGGAUCGCGGUGACCAGAUAGCCCCGAGCCUGCUCGAAGCCAUUGAUGAUUCAGCGGCUUCGAUCAUCAUCAUCUCUCCUAACUAUGCUUCUUCUCAUUGGUGUUUGGAGGAGCUCGCCGAGAUUUGCAAGUGCCGGAGACUGAUUCUGCCGGUGUUCUUCAACGUAGACCCGAGAGAUGUCCGGAAACAAGGAGGUCCAUUCGAAGAUUCUUUCAAAAUUCACGAAAAAAAGAGGCGUGAAGACGAGGUAAUCAGGUGGAGGAAAGCUAUGAACAAAGUAGGUGGAAUUGCUGGCUACCCUUUUCGAAAUCCCAGUGAAACGGAAAAUGACUUGACAAGGCAAAAAGAAAAGGAAGAUGACCUUAUUCGACUUUUAGUGAAAAGGAUUAUGAGAGAACUGCGUAAUACGCCGGUGGGUGUGGCUGAAUUUACCGUUGGACUCGAUGCUCGUAUUGAAGAACUAUUGGAAUUGUUAGAGGUGAGAUCCAACGGCAUAAGAGUGUUGGGAUUGUAUGGGAUGGGUGGGGUUGGUAAGACAACCCUUACGAAGGCACUUUUUAACAGACUCGUUGUGCAUUUUGAGCAUCGCAGCUUCAUUUCAAGUGUCAGAGAAUUAGCUUCAUCCAUAGAUGGAGGUUUAAUUGCUCUGAGAAAAAGAAUCAUCACUGACAUUUCCUCUCAAGCAGUUGACGAUGAUGAUGUUUCUGCUUUCAGAAGAACAGUUAGUGAAAAUCGUGGCCUGAUAAUCCUGGAUGAUGUGGAUGAUGUGAAGCAGCUGGAUACUCUAAUAGUUAAAAGAGAAUGGUUCCAUGAGGGAAGCCGUAUAUUAGUCACCUCAAGGGAUAAAAGAGCUUUGCCUGAGACUCAUGUUAAUGUCUUGUACGAGGUUAAGACAUUGGAUGACCCCAAGUCACUAGAACUAUUCUGUUACCAUGCAAUGAGAAGAAAUGAACCUGCAGACAAAAAAUUUCUGAAAUUGUCCAAGGAAAUAGUGUCUCUAACGGGAGGGUUGCCUUUGGCUCUGGAAGUGUUUGGUUCAAUGUUGUUUGGUAAGAGAAGGGAAGAGGAAUGGGUUGAUAUUGUGGAGAAACUGAAGCUGAUUCGACCUGGGAAUCUGCAGGAAGUGUUGAAGAUCAGUUAUGAGGGGUUAGAUGAGCAAGAGAAAUGCAUCUUCCUUGACAUUGCUUGUUUGUUCGUUCAGAAGAGGAUGAAGCGAGAAGAUGUGAUUGAUAUAUUGAGGGGUUGUGGAUUUGGAGGAGAGAUAGAAAUCACAGUUCUCACAGAAAAAUGUCUGAUCAAAAUCCGAGAGGACGAAACCAUUUGGAUGCAUGAUCAAAUUAGAGACAUGGGAAGGCAAAUUGUCGUGGAUGAGAACCUUUUUAAUCCCGGCAUGCGUAGUAGAUUGUGGGAUCGAUCUCAAGUUUUUGAUGUUUUAAGGAAUGUCGAGGGAACUCGGAGCAUUCGAGGGAUGGUCCUAGACUUGGAGGAAGGAUCUGGUAAAGAUCACAAGGAUGAAGAAAUUUCUGGGAAAAACGUUAGGCGUGGUUCCCGCUGUUUCGCAAAUAUUUUGAAGAAAUAUUUUCAACGAGCUGAGAAACACAAAGAGGUUCUUGGGCUUCACACCAAGUCCUUCGAAUCAAUGGUGAAAUUAGUGUUGCUUCAGAUCAAUAAUGUCAGAUUGGAAGGCAAGUUCAAAUCUUUCCCUGCAGAAUUGAAGUUGCUACAAUGGCAAGGAUGUUCUUUAAAAUGCAUGCCUUCUGAUUUUUGGCCCCAAAAAUUGGCUGUGCUUGAUCUCUCACGCAGCAAAAUUGAAAACUUGUGGAAUCGGAAAGGCUACAAGAUAAAGAUGCCAGAGAACAUAAUGGUCAUGAACUUGUCCCACUGCUACCACCUAGAAUCUCUUCCUGAUCUCUCUGGGUGUCGACGUUUAGAGAAGAUUGUUCUUGAGAACUGCUUUAACCUAAGAAGGAUUCAUGAAUCAGUUGGCAAUUUGACGACACUUCGUCAUUUGAAUCUGACUCUUUGUAGGCAACUUACUGAGUUACCCGAGGAUAUAUCUGGGCUGAAACAUCUAGAGAGCCUCUGUCUCUCUGACUGCUUCGAGUUGAAAUCGUUACCAGGAAACAUGAGCAACUUGAAAUCACUGAGAAAGCUUAUUGCUGAUCGCACGGCUCUGGUAGAGCUUCCCGGGACUAUUUUUCACCUUGAGAAACUUGAAAUUCUUAUUUUAAAUGGUUGCCAAAACAUCAAAAGGCUACCCGACAACAUCGGACUCUUGUGUUCUCUGCAAGAGCUGUUUCUCAACCAAUCUGGAUUAGAAGAACUACCAAGUUCUGUCGGGCGUUUGCAAAACCUUGAGAAUCUUGGUUUGAUGCAUUGUAAAUCUCUCACUAGGAUUCCUGAUUCGAUUGGAAAUCUUGUAUCACUUUCAAAGCUUUGGCUUUCUGGUAGUGCUAUAGGGGAGCUUCCUUCUUCGGUUGGAUCAUUGUCUUAUCUAAAAGAACUAUUAGUGGGAAACUGUAAGUUUCUGAAUAAAUUGCCCGAGUCCAUUAAGUCUUUGGUUUCCAUUGUUGAGCUUCAGCUAGAUGGGGCAGCGAUCACAGAUUUGCCAGAUGAGAUCGGAAACAUGACAUUACUCAAAAGGCUUGAAAUGAGGAAUUGCCAGAUGAGAUAUCUACCUAAAUCGAUUGGCAACCUCACAGCUCUUACAACCUGGAACAUUCCCAAUGGUAACAUUGUUGAACUACCAGAGUCCAUCGGAAAGCUUGAAAAUCUAGUCCAUUUAAGGUUGGACCGAUGCAGCAUGCUCAGAAGGCUUCCUAAUUCUAUAGGACAUUUGAAGUCCUUGUACCAUCUUCGGAUGGAGGAAACGGGUCUGACAGAAUUACCUGAAAGCUUUGGUAAGCUUACGAGCUUAAGGACUUUGAAAAUGGCCAAGAAGUCUGAAGAUAACUUGCUUCACGAUUCUACUGAAAUGUCCUCUUUUUUCUGCAAUAUGGUAUUUUUGACUGAUCUGGAUGCUCGUGGUUGGAGAAUAUCUGGGAAAAUUCAUGAUGAUUUUGAGAAAUUAUCGUGUUUGGAGAAUUUGAAUCUAAGCCAAAACAAAUUUCACAGCCUUCCUUCAAGUUUGGCGGGUCUUUCCGUUCUCAAGGAACUCGCUCUUCAGAACUGCACCGAGCUGCUUUCUCUCCCUGCUCUUCCCUCAAGCUUGACAAAGCUGAAUGCUGCAAACUGUAGUGCCUUGCAAACCAUUCAUGACCUUUCAAAUUUAAAAAGUCUACAGGAUCUGGACCUCACAAAUUGUGUAGAAUUGGUGGAUAUCCCUGGCGUUGAACAGUUAGGGUCUCUGAGAAGGCUGUACUUGGGCGGAUGCAUUGCAUGCUCCUCCACAGUACGCAAGAGAUUCUCCAAGGUUACACUGAGGAAUUUAAGGAACUUGAGCAUGCCAGGAACAAGAAUACCCAGGUGGUUUUCUGGACAAUCUGUAAGCUUUUCGAAGCCCAAGAGCCGUGAACUAACUGGUGUAGUUAUAGGAAUCAUUCUUUCAAUCAACCGGGAUAUAAAUAGUGAACUGCGAGAUCAGCUUCCUGCAGUGGUUGAUAUCAAGGCAAAUGUACUCAAACUUGGCGAAAAUAUAUAUAGUUCAGUAUUGAACUUGCGUGGGUUGCCAAGAACAAAUGAAGAAAACAUGCACCUUUGCAGGUUCCCAGAUUACCAUCCACUUGUCUCUAUUUUGCGACGCGGUGACACAUUUUGUGUGACUCUGAGAAACCCGCCCGUGGAUGAGGGGUUAGAGUUGAAAAAAUGUGGGGUUCAUUUGAUCUUUGAAGGGGAUGACGAUUUUGGUGGAAAUGAAGAAUCCGUGGAAAGAAGUCUACGAUCUGUUUCAGAAAAAUUGGCCAAGUUUUUCAACACUUAUGAAGAAGAUAGCCCCGAAGAUGGUGUUUGAGAGCAACGAUGACGUGCAUCACCUCUGAUGAGCACCAAAGUUAAAUGCUUGUUAUACCGCCAAGGAAAAAUAGUUGUCCUGCACUGUCAAGUAUCAAUACUUCUUAAUGUACUUAUAAUUAAAUAAUGUUAAUGUACUUCUUAAUAUCAUACCCAUGUGGCCUAUGGGUAUGAUAUUGAAUAAUGUUGGCAAGAGUAAAGAUUCUUUCUUUAUCAUUA